UGUUGCAGGAAAUCUCGCCAUGAGUAUCAGAGCUCGCUGGGCAGCAAGGCCAUCCAGAGGCAGUGCCGGCGGAGAAUGACUUGCCCCAGUCCAGCUGAGAUCAGCAAGGCCAAAGCCAUUAUGUCCAUGCCUCAGCUCUGCAAGGCUCUGAGCCUGGACGAACUCAUUCUGAAAUGCGUCCAGUCCUUUGAUACUGAAGGGUGCCUGCGCAGUAGCAGCGAAUCAGUUAACCUAACACUCGUGAUGCACAGUUGGAUCAUCCCAUCGUCGGAAUUCGCUCACAAGCUCCUGGUACUUUACCGAGAUGCUGGAGGGGAGAAGCGCGACCACCUCCGGGUGAAGAUCUGCCAUUUUGUGAGGUACUGGAUAAUACAUUAUCCCAUCGUGUUCACUGUGGACAGCAAAUUGGAGGAUGUGAUGUCUCAGUUCUGGGAGCUAGUCCGAAACGAAGGCGAGGAAUCUCACUGUCAGCUCAUCGACACAUCUAACAUACACAUGCAUGAAUGGACAUGGAAGUACACGCAACAUGCCACCCCCAGCAACAACAAGAAGCGGAAAGUCUCCCUGCUUUUCGAUCACCUGGAGCCGACGGAAUUGGCGGAACACCUCAGCUACCUGGAGUUUAAAUCCUUCUGCCAGCUAACGUACCUGGACUACAGGAGUUACGUUGUGAGCGGGUGUGUGAGGGAGAACCCAGCACUGGAACACUCGGUGUCCUUGGUCAAUGGGAUCUCCCAGUGGGUGCAGCUGAUGAUUCUCAACAGGCCCACGGCAGCUCAGAGAGCCGAAGUCUUCACAAAGUUCAUACAUGUUGCCCAGAAACUGCGGUUACUCCAGAACUUUAACACGCUCAUGGCGGUGAUCGGGGGUCUCUGUCACAGUGCCAUUUCCCGGCUCAAAGAAACCAGUUCCUACCUCUCUCAGGAUGUCACCAAGACAUUGAACGAAAUGACGGAGCUUCUGUCCUCCUGCAGCAACUAUAGCAACUAUCGCCGGGUCUUCAGUGAAUGUACUGGGUUUAAAAUCCCCAUCCUCGGGGUCCACCUGAAGGACCUGGUCUUCUUGAAUGAGGCUCUGCCGGACUACAUCGAGGAUAAGAAGAUUAAUCUGAACAAGCUUCAGCAGCUGUAUAGUCGCAUUGUGGAGCUGAUCCAGAUCCAAGGGAGCACACCACCAUUCGAAGCCAACAAAGACCUUGUCCAUCUGCUGACGUUAUCACUUGACCUCUACUACACUGAAGAUGAAAUCUAUGAGCUGUCCUAUGCAAAGGAACCAAAAACUCACCGAACCGUGUCAGUGUCCCCCUGCAAGCCACCGGUGGUAGUCGACUGGGCCUCUGGUGUGGCACCAAAGUUGGAUGCUGUGACAGUCAGCAAGCAUGUCCAGCAGAUGGUGGAUGUGAGUACACCUCAAUCGCAUUGUGACUAUUAA